AUGAAAAAGUAUGGAACCGUAGGCGUAGGCGUAUAUCUCGCGCUGAGUGCGGUGGACCUCAGCUUAACUAUGGCGGUGAUCAGUGUCAAAGGAGCGGACCGUGUCAGGAAUAUGGAGGACUGGAUUCUUUACAAGGUCAAAGGAUGGAUUGGCAUGGAGCAUAAGCCCGAGAAAACAACAGAACAACAGCAACACGGGAAGCCAUCAUUCACGAGUUUGUUUGUGAUUGCUUAUGGUAUCCACAAGACGAUUUUCUUGCCUGUUCGACUGUCAUUGACAGCAGCCAUAACUCCCGCUGUCGCACGUCGAUUGCGGGACCUUGGAUGGAUUAAAAGUAGAAUAAAGUAG